GUUACUUUUCUAGGUACAAGAUAGGUGUGAUUUGUGUUGAUGAGGUAUACUAUUCCUAUUUAAUUUAAAGCUAUCUUUGUAGAGUAAAACUUUUUUGGUGUUCAAGAGACGAUGAAUGCUCUUUUUCUGCUUUGCACAUUAGCGUAUUGUCAAGGAUCUUCUCUUUGGUCAAUACUGCAACCAGAAGUAAACGAAAGAGAUUUAGAUUUUUCAAUUUCUCGGCAGAAUGAUGGUAGAGGUGUAUUUGUCAAGGCAUUUUUAAAAGACUCUGCAGUGAUUACCAAGAAUAAAAAAGUCAAGUUUUUUAUGUUCUCUGGGCUCAACCUACAAGGCGCUCAGUUACAAUGCAGGAACAGAAAAAAUCUUGUGCUUUCAGGAUUUGAUUUAAACAAAGAAACAAAACUAAUUAUCCAUGGCUUUGCUAACUCUGCAUCUUCUCAAUUUACUGAGAAUUUAAAAAAUGCUUAUUUGAAGACAUAUGAUUACAAUAUUGUGGUUGUCGACUGGAGUGCUCUAUGUAGGCCACCGUUCUACUCAUCAGCAGUCGAGAAUACACGAUACGUGGGUGCUGCCACCGCUCGGAUGGUGGAGUGUCUUGUCUCACAAGGAUUCAGGCUGUCUCGUCUACAUAUGGUAGGACACAGCAUCGGAGCUCACAUCGCAGGCAUCGCUGCCUAUCUCUUGAGGCAUGUCGGUCAGGUUGCUAGAAUCACAGGUCUGGACCCAGCCAAACCUAUGUUCGAGAUGGAACCAGACGAGUACCGACUGAGCUCCAAGGAUGCAGAGUUUGUUGACUGUAUCCACACCUGUGGUGGCUUUCUUGGCCAGUCAGAACCUCACUGUUCCAUUGAUUUCUAUCCUAAUGAUGGAACUAAUCCUCAACCUGGCUGCGUAUUUGAUAUCUUUGGAAUAUGCAGUCAUCAAAGAGCUUACAAGUACUUCACAGAGUCGGUGACAGAAACAGAGGCUUUCAGAGCAGUUAGAUGUUCUGCCGUUGAUGACUACAGUCCUGUCAACUGUUCCUCGUCUGCAGAGGUCAAGAUGGGGGAGCACACUGACACCAGAAUGAGAGGAAUUUUCUACCUUGCAACUACACCAGAGCCUCCAUAUUCUCUGAAAGUUUCCUCCGUUCCAGGAAACCUACUUACUAAGUUUUCAUGGUACUUUUACUCUAGGUAAAUAGCUUAAUAAAUAGUUACAAUUCCCAUAUUA